AUGGAGAGUUGUGGACAUCGAGUAACAAUCAUGUGUUUCUGUUUCUGCUUGCUUGUAACUGUAUCUGUGGCUGAGAUAUUGCCGUCAAUUCUAUGGAAUUCUGAAAAUCCAAUGUAAGUAUCUCUAAUUUUAUUCUACCAUCAACAUUUAUUUUGUGUGAAAACAGAAAUCGAAGCUAAGUUCUUGAUUCCAAGCUAACAAUUCAUGCACAAGACCGUUGACAGCUCAUUAUCAUUUCGUUGUAGAACGACAAGCAAUUGCUAUAAGUUAGAAAAGGGAAGUUCCCUUGCGGCUCUUACCGUGGCAGACCUUUUAGAGAACUCGACUGAAAGUCGUGUUGGGGGGCAAACACAACUUUGCAGUUCACCUGGCAACGUUUUGAUUAUUAAAAGGCCUGAACGGAAGUACUAAAACAUGGAACGACCUAAAACCACCUGAAACCACCUACAACCACCUACAACCAUCUACAACCACCUCAAAAAUUUCAGCAACCACCUACAACCACCUCAAAAACUUCUACAGCCACUUGCAAACUAUCUAAAACUAUCUGAAACAAGGCAUAAAUGUCCAAAAUAAGGCGAAACGACAGUAUGUCACGUACAUGAAAUACAAGAAUCGAACGAAACCUCCACCUCCCACUACAUACAUACAUACAUUCUUUUAUUUGAUAAGAAUACUAAAUAUUAGGAAUUACAUAUAUAUAAAAAAUUGCUAAUAACUUAGAACUACCCAAAUAAAAUGGUGUUCACUAAGGUCCCAUGUAUAAUCAACCAUCUCACGGAAUGAAAUGCGAUAGCAUGCUAAUUAUUUUAUAUUCCCUCAGUAGCAAAAGACCUAAAGAACUUUACAAAAUCUCGAUAAGCUGGAAACCACUCCGCUUCGCGUCGUGGUUUCCUACGCGUAUCUCGUGUUCUCCCAACCUCCCGCGUGUUUACAUCAGGCUAUGUAAACACGGAAACCAUUUUACAUUUCUUCAAUAUAAUAUCAUCAGCGAACGAUUUCGAAGAGGAAUCUAUGUUCUCGAAUCGACCAAAAGCACUGCUGUCCUCUCGAAAUGGGAAAGCGCAAAUAUCAAUUUCAUCUGUUUCGCAAGCAAAGGAGUUAAUCACCGACACCGGAAAUCGCGACCAGGUAUUCCUCACGACUCCCCUAGGUUUGUUUUCCAGUUUGCCCAAGCCGCUGUCUAUCAGUUCUUGCGUUAAAACCCAUGAAACCUGCGAAGUGGAACUAUGAUGGCUAUUGCUGCUUGUCGAUAAUUUCCGUCGGCAAAACGUAGAAGUCCAGUGUUUACGUGGCAGUUUCGCUUUCGCAUGACAAAAAAAUGAAGGAACGCCGCGGCUCAAAACCAAUUAAAAUUGUACGAUCGAGUAAAAGCUCCAUUAUCCAGUAGUGUUAACUAUUACAACCACCUCCCACUCCUCCCUGCAUAGUAUUAGUCCGUCUCACACCCCUCCUUGAGUAAUAACACUCUGCCUCCCACCCCUCCCUCAGUACUGAUAGACUUCAUUCCACCCCUCCCUCAGUAAUAAUGAUGUGCUCCCCUCCUUCAAAAUGGUCCCAAAAAAAAAGGUCUAAAAAAAAAUGGUCCAAAAAUUAGUCUAGUCCAUAUUUUACCCUAUGCAGGUAACAAAUAAACCGUAAAACAAAGGAAUCAAAGAAAAUAAAAAAUAUGUGAACUUGCUUAGUGCCAAACAUCAGCGGUAAAGCCAUUCCAAAUCAAACAUAUCUGAUCCAAUUUUUAUUGCUUUCUAUUCCAGGUUUGAUAACCUUCAUGAAAGGACCAGAAAUGUCAUGGAAUUUGACCAGCUCUCAAUUAUUUGUCCCACCUUAGUGGACUACCCCAUCAAAAGAACAACUACUUAUUUGAAAGACUUGUUGUAUGAAAAUGUAUAUAUGGUGGACAAGAAGGGUUAUGACAACUGUAAUGCAACAGGAGGACUCAGUGUUUUAUCCUGUAAUGAUCCAGCGGGACACAUUUACUACAGGGUUGUAUUUCAACCUCAUACCGUUAAUCCAAAUGAUCCAAAGUUUGAGAAAGGAAAAGAAUACUACUUUAUAAGUAAGUGCUAAUGUUUCAUAAUAGUUCCAAUUUUUUUUUUCUAAAUUCUGAUUAACUGCAAUCUAAUGACCUCAUUCCAUGCAUAUUUUUAUGUGCAUUUAUUUUUAAUGCUGCAUUUUUAUGUAUUUAUGAAUUUCUUUAAAAUUUUUUUUGUGUGUGUGUAUAAGAGGUGUUUACACUGAACUCUACAGAAGCUGUGUAGCGUCCACUCAUAGCUACUUGAAACUGUACUUUAAUCAGUUGUUCACCUGCUAGUUCGUUUCUAAUCUGCACGUAACUUGUAUUCAUUCCAUUCACAAAUUGCACGUGAAAGAGAAAGAUUCGCCGAAAUAACAACAACGCGACUAUUACAAAGAUGAUAUUGACCGAACAACCGAAAUACUGCAUACUUACAAGUUAUUGUGCCUUCUAAAUAGAAAGGAAAACUUGUCCUAACGAAACGACAGUGAAACUCCAUAAUAAAACAUGUGCUUUUUCGUGGGAAAGAGCGCCCGCGAUAUUUUGCGUGCGGUCACCGAAGACCAAACCAUAUAACGUUUAUUUUCUGUCUCUUACAAGCUGCUUCUUAAUUUUACAUGUAUUGAGCUUUCUUGAAUGUGGGCUACAAAUUAAAAAUAUUUCUUUGAACAUUUUUUUUGUAAGGGUUUUGUGGUUUCUGAGAAAUGACUUGUCUAAGCUGCUUUUAUUGCUGCUUGGAUAACUCGUUUUUCCAGCAAUUACAUAUAUUUGAUCAGAGAGAAGGAAAGUCAACAUCGUCUAACUGUAAUUAUCAAAAAAAAUGCUUGUUGUGUUUUAAACUUGUAUUGUUGGGGGAUCAAAAGAAAAGCAGAGAAGCUGCUACAUAACUUAUAGUUUGAUGGUCUCAGAACUUUUCAAAAAUUGACUUUAAAGUCUCAAUAAAAAGGAGAAAACUAAAAGAUAUUUUUCAACUGUCAGGUACUGCAUCAGGCUCACAAAGCUCAUUGACAAACACACAGGGAGGACACUGUAAUUCAGGAAUGAAGAUGAAAAUAUAUGUCUGUGAAAGCAGCUCUGACCCAAGGUGUCCAAGUGGAAACAAUGGUAUGUCACAUGUAUCUGACUUCACAUAAUUAUCCAUCUUUUUCAUGGCUGGCUUAGUGUAUUUGCAGGCUGAGGCAAGGCAAAAUAAAUCCUGUGUUCCUAUUUGCUUCCUAAAUGAGCAAGAUAAGUCUACCUUGCCCAAUAGUGAUUGCAUACCUUAGAUGACUUCCAGUGCCAUCUUGGUCACAAUUUGAAAUCUCAAUAAUGUGUUUUCAGAUCUACUGGUGCACAAAACUUUUAGUUAUCUUCCUCUCUAUCCAUAUCAUGGCAAAGAACUCUGUGCUAAAAGAAGUCCCCUUUUGUAUCUUUCAGUUGUUAAUGGUGGAUGGUCUGACUGGAGUGAAUGUUCAAAUGAUCUUCAAAGACGAAAAUGUAACAAACCUACCCCAGUGAGUGGGGGAUUACUAUGUGUUGGUGCUGAACAAAGAUCAUGUCAGAAGUCGAUGUCUGGAGGUACAAGUAAUAAAGGGUUUGACUGUAAGUAUUUCCAUCCUCAAGGCAGGCUGGUAGUUACCAUUAAGGAGGAAUGACUUACCCCCUUUUUUUCCCUUCUUUAAUUUUCUUUUAGAUCCCACUGUGGAUGGUCAAACAUCAACUACACAAGGUAAAGCAGUUUACAAUUUUAAAAUAACAUGUGUCCUGUAUAUUUCUGUCCCAUUCAAAGUUUGCUAGUUUGGGAUGUUGAAUGUUGUUCAUACACAUCUCUGCCAUUGCAUGGACUUGUAUGUACAGUAUUGUUUAAAAGUUCUGGAUUUUUGGUGAAUUUUGGUCCAAAAUGAAAUUUGCACAACAUGUUGUCAAAUUUUUGAGGCAGCUAUUUUUGGAUUUAUCUGAAAUUUCCCCCAUGUAACAAUCAGAGGGAUCCUCUACCUUAACUCUAUAACCUCUAAAAAAAGUUAGCACCUAACUCUUUUUCCAGUAUACCUGGGAAAUGUAUAAGAAACAAUGUGGAGAACAUGUUUAUUGGUGAUAGGAUGUUCAGGGUUAAAAAGCUCAGUGUAUUCAAGACAGUCCGGCCCCUUUUCAAAUAACACAUCUUGGUACAAAUAGCCAGUCAAUUUAACCUAUGUGUUGUCUUUUUCAUAGAUAAUUCUGGUGAUAAAUUGCAGUUGAACAUAGGACUGUUUGUCGGAAUAUGUUCUAUCGUAUUCAUAUUUGGGAUCUUCAUUGGUGGAAUAAUUGCUAUUUUAGUAUGUAGAGUUUCUAGACGCAAGUCAAAAACAAGUAAGUGAAAUCUGUUUCUCUGAGUUCUAACUCCAAGUUAAACUUUUUAGUUGUAUAUAUCCAAAUGAAUCAUGAAUGAGAAGAUGUUCUCAAUUCUUGGGACAAAAAGCUUUGCUUUUGCAGUACAUCAAGAGUUAUGAGGAAACAGUGGCAAACUCUUGGAGUAAGUGGAACAAACUCUGGGGUUUACUUUGAACUAAAUUAAGUCAACAUAAUUUUUUAUGAUGAAAUAAUUUUAGAUAUUAGAGAUAAUGUGGUUUAUGAUAUCUCUCAGCUAGUAUGUACUCUCUAAUAGUUUGCAAUGAAUUCAUAACCCUCUAGCUGAACCUAGAGAUAUCGUUAAUAUCUUACUACCCUCAUUUUCUUGGUUCGCACCGUAAAAGUUACAGAACCUUGUCAGAUUUAUGGUUCACACGUUUUGCAUUUAAUUGGGCAAUAAAUCCAACCAGAAAAAACUAGGUUUGUAACAUACAGUACCAGUACAGACCAAGAAAACAAGGUUAGUAAGAGGUGUAAACUUUUCACUUUAAUAAAAAAUUUUGAGUAAAGCCUUUGGACUGAAUUAAAACCAGAGGCAAAAGAAGCUUCUCUUAGAUUUAAAAAACAUAUUUCAGUCUGGAGUAUUCCCUCUGUAGUCAUCCUUGUUGUGUUAAAGUCACAUACUAGUCCAUGGCUCAUAAUGUUUUUUUAAAAGUUUUUUAUUUGUUUUGUUUACACAGACACCCAUAUUACAAGAGUUCCUAGCAAAUUAACUGGUUUCUCUCGUCCAAAUUAAACAGUUUCCACAUUAUCCACAGUUAUUGAGAGUGCACAAAUGGUGCAAACAUAACUUUAGUGAGUUCUCAAACUCAUUAAUUAUUCAUAAGGUGAUCAUCCAACCAUGACAUGCCAAUUUCAUCACCUGCCUGUGGUUUGAAACCCUGGUGAAACACUGGAAUGACGCACUAUCCAUGAGUUUCAUAUAAUGUCAAACCCUUGAGUUUGAUAUAGCAUCAAACUCUGAACUCAUUUCUUGAUUUGAAUAUCAUUCAAUACCAACAACAUGAGAAAAAUUUGUGAAUACUUCUAUUUUCUUUUAUUGCUAAGGUGCAAUUGAGAAGCUAUUUCAAAAACUUGUGCAUCGGGUUUCAUUAUGGUUUCCAAACACUCAAAAACAAUGAAAGCAUUAUCAGUUUUCUUGUGUUUGGAAACCCUGAUGAAACCCUCGCGCUUGUGUUUGAAAUAGUAUAUCCUGGGUGGUCACUCUUGAUAUUUCCUCCAUUCUGGAGCUUAGGGAGUGAAUGGGUUAAAAUAUUAGUACUAAUGUUUUGUCAGCUAUUCAGUAUCCUCUGUGAGAAGAGUUUAAAGCAUUUGAGACUAAGCAAAUUUACUUCUAGAUAAAAUAUUUCAAUAUUAUGAAGAGAGAUUUAACAAGGGGCCUUCACACAUCAGGCUCAGUUGUUUGGAGGGUGGAUUAUGCUAUCAACUUAUAAAUAGCUUUCCUGCAGAUAGAGGUUUAAUCUGUGGAUAGUGUUAUACACCCUUUGAAAAACCAGGGCAAACACUUCAGUAAAUGGUAUGCUUGCCUGGUCAUUUCUUAACAACUGGUUAACUGCAUCUCUUACAUUUCUAAUUUAGGAUUGCAUUACAUAGCGUCUGUUUGAACCUCAUUGAUGCAAAUCAAAGAGAACUACAAGCCUUAAAUACAUUUUUUAAAAAUUAAAAAUUGGUGACAUUUGACAUUUCCCUGUCCUCCCUGAAAAAAAGAACAUAAUAUGGGCAAAAAUGCGAUGGAUUUUAUAGUUCUAAUGGUUGUUUCAUCAGUAAAUUCUAUUGCCUAACCUAUUUAGACUGUGGCAUGUAUGACAUGUUAAGUGAUUGUCAUACAAUUAUUUUUUAGUGAAAGAUUCACCAGACUCCUUGAAAAAAUUGUCUGAUUUGACUUGGUAUUUCAUCACAGCCAAGGGACUUGUGAGAUGCCUAUCAGAAAACUAAAAAAUAAAUUUGAUUCUCCAAUCAGUUACUUAUAACUGUUUUGGAAUAUCCUUCUGUGAUGGAAGGCUAAGACUGCUACCAUCUUGAAUUUGCAAAGGGGGUGUUGAGUCAAAUGUUUGAGAGUUGAAAGUUAUCUGUAGAGUCUCAUGGCCAAUAUUUAAUGCCACAUUAUACUCAUCAUGUUCAAUUUUUUCACAUUUAGUCGGUAGUUUAUUGAGAAUCCAUUCUCUUAAAGUUUUAGAACGGAGGCUAAUCUGCAAAUGUGAUGCAGGCCUUCUUGGGUGAACCAGAAAUGGUCAUCUCUUCUGAAAAAUGUUAUCAAGAAAGGCAAAAUUAGUGGAAAAAAAGAAAAAAUAUCACAGUGUGUUGCAUUUGCAGUAUUAAUCAGUCUGGAAUAUGUUGAAAAUUGAAGUGGAAAUACCAGAUUUUGGUUUAUCAAUAAAAAUAAAUUACAAAGGUGGAAAAAAGCCAUGUAUAUAUAUGUGAAACACCCAACAAAUAUUUGUUAUUGGAGUAUAAUUUUGAUAAACGCACAAACAUUGGCAACUGUAAUAAUAUAUUUUGUACAUGCCAAGUAUCAAACAGUGCAAAUGCAUAUGUUACAAUGCAAAGUAUUGUUAAUAAUCAUUUCCUAUAUUUGAUCCAAGGAUGUGUUUCAGUUUUCCUGAAUAACAA